AUGAGUGCGAUGUCGAACGAGGGUGAUCCGGUGAAGGUGGAAGGGGUUCACGUUUCUGUCACCACAAUCAGCAUGUCGGGACCGGAGACCAAUAAUGUCCAAUUCUCCUACAGUUCGAGUGGAGUGCGCAUCAGUGUAUCUUCUGAUCCGCAUGAUGAGGACUCUACAGACGCGGAAAUCUCCAAGAUAGACUUUACACAACAUCAAAAUGAGGUGAACAUGCGCAAUAAGAAAAAGCGUCCGUCUAGCGGAGCGCAGUACGACACGCAGCAGAACGAUCGCGAGAGGCCAAUGUCUUGGGAGGGGGAGUUGUCAGACUCCGAAAUGGUGAUAGACACGAGCAUGAACAAUGAUGAAAACAGCAGUUCUUUGGAUUUGCAGUCAUCCAGGGAUUCCAUUGAUACAUUACGCAACGUUACUAUUAAAACAGAACCUAUCAAAAGUGAAGCAUUCCAGAGUUUGGAUGAUCAGCGAGUACUGGACUUGAAGUACUCGGUGCCUUUACAACCACACCAGAGAAGUCUCAGUAUGAACAGGAUAUCAGUCUUAGAUAAUACAUCUCUCUCGCUCGCACGGCGACCAUCCUCACCAACCAGCAGUGCCAAAUCCCUGGUCCUCUCCGAUCAGAACUCGGUCCCUGUCAUGCCUCAAACUACACUGGGAGAGGUUCAAAAUUUGACAAUCAAGAAGGAAAAUCAGAUAUCAGAGUUGAAGUGUGAGCCAUCAGUGGGCAUGGACAAACUCUUAGGAGCACUUCACGGCUCUCCACUGCUGGGCCGGUUGCCCAGAGUCCAGUCCAGCGCUAGUACAGAUUCCGCAGUGCAUUCCAUGUACACACACAGUGUAUACAGCAGUCCGUCAGCUAGUCCCCGAGCUUCCCGGCAUUAUACGCCAUCGUUGUCUCGCAAUAAUAGUGAUGCGUCCCACUCGUCCUGUUACUCUUACAGCUCGGAGUUUUCACCUACUCAUUCACCAGUGCAGGGUCGUCAUCCCCCCGUGGUGUACCGUGAGGCUGCCAGUGUAUUUCCCGCGUCACCGGCUCACGACGAAGACGCCGACGGCGAUGAUCGGUUACAUCACCAUCAAGGCAUCAGCCGGCAGCAACUUAUCAAUAGUCCUUGUCCAAUAUGCGGUGAUAAAAUAAGCGGGUUCCACUACGGUAUCUUCUCGUGUGAAUCCUGCAAAGGUUUCUUCAAACGCACAGUACAGAACAGAAAGAACUAUAUGUGUUUGCGUGGAGGAAACUGCUCUGUGACCGUAGCUACUAGGAAGAAAUGUCCCGCGUGCCGGUUUGACAAGUGCUUAGGCUGUGGGAUGAAACUUGAAGCCAUACGCGAGGACAGAACUAGAGGCGGUCGGUCCACGUACCAGUGUUCGUACUCGUUGUCGGGCGCGGCGUCCACCGGGUCGCUGCUGUCCGCGCACGUGCCCACUACGCUGCGACACGCCUCCAGUCUCACUUGUGUAAAUGGCCCUGGGUCAUACAACAGUCGAGGAGAGCCGAGUAACAGCCGAUUGACGCCUGACAUACCCCCAUUAUUGCAAGAGAUAAUGGAAGUGGAACAUCUAUGGCAAUACAACGAAUCAGAGCUGAAUCGACUCGGCAAGUCCCCUGGUAGUCCGUCAGCUAACCCCCUACUGGCCGCCAGCGGUAUUACGGCACAGAACUCCAGUCCCGAUUUUUUAGCCGACCUGUGCCAUAUAGCAGACCAUCGGCUGUAUAAGAUCGUUAAGUGGUGUAAAAGUCUACCGCUCUUUAAGAAUAUUUCGAUCGACGACCAGAUUUGCCUUCUGAUCAACAGUUGGUGCGAAUUGUUAGUACUGUCCUGUUGUUACCGCGGCGUGAGUACGCCGGGCGAAGUGCGCGUUGGCGGCGGCCGCGGUAUCACACUAGAUCAGAGUGCAAAAUUGGGUUUGACGCCUUGUAUAGAACGAAUGUUGAGUUUCACCGAUCAUUUGAGAAGAUUACGAGUAGAUCGAUACGAAUAUGUCGCCUUGAAGGUCAUCGUUCUUCUCACAUCAGCACCAUUUUUUACGUCAGACACUCCUGAACUUCGAGAGUCAGAAAAAGUGAGAGCGUCUCAGGAAAAAGCGCUUGCAGCACUACAAGCGUAUAUAGCGACGCACUCGCCCGAUACUCCCGCUAAGUUUGGCGAACUACUGCUACGGAUCCCGGAGCUGCAACGAACUUGCCAAUUUUUUAUGCAAGUCGGCAAAGAAAUGCUGAAUCCCGCGAACAAGAAUAAAGAUGGCGACGGUCCCAGCUUCAAUCUCCUCAUGGAGUUACUUAGAGGCGAUCACUGA